AUGUUCCAAGCCCAGGAUUUAUUGGCUGCUGAUGCCUCCUUUAUUGGGGUCAACUCCUUGGGUUUAGAGGUCAUAGGCUUGACAGUCUGGGAUAAUGUUGCUGCUGCUGCUGCUGCUGGUGAUGAACAAAAAGAUUCUAAGACUUCGAAGAAUGAGAAGAAGGAAGAGGAUUAUAGAAAUGUAAUGACUCGAGCAGAGUAUGAAAAGGAGCUCGAGAAGAGGAAGGCUGAGGAUUUUGAGUUGAUGCAACUUUGGAAGAAAGAGGCUGAGGAUGAUUGUCUAUUCAUAAAGGUGAGUCCCAAUGAUGCACCACAGCAAGAGGCCCAAAUGCAUAAUGGUGGCUCUCAGCGGGAGGGCGAAAAGGAUAAUGGUGAUUCUCGACAUCAGGAACUAUCCGUCCGCAUCAAGUUCAUUAAUGGAGAAAGAUCGACCAGCUGGUGCCCAUUGAUACGAGGGAGAAACAACCUAGGCGUGAGAGCUGGAGGCCGAAUGCUGGCCAGAGGUUUAAUGGGGAAAGACCCGGGAAUGUCAAUGGUGGCCGCCGGUAUGAUGGGGAGGGGCCUAAUUAAUAGCAAUGGUCAUGUAGAUAAGGGCAAGAAGCCUAUAUUGGCUUAA